CUCUGCCACCUUCAUAAUGUAAGCACUCUCAUUGUGAUUAAUUCCAGUAGUCUUAUUCUGCCCACAAAUGCCUUAUUGCAUGUGUUCUCAGCCUCAAACAAACUUGCAUGGAGUACUAGACAUGCAACUGUAUUCCACCAUCACCAGACUAUUGAGGAACAUUUUGCAUUCUGGGAUGUGGAUAAAUAUGUGUCAUUAAGUAUGGUUUUCCCUCUGAGCUGA